AUGGCUAGUGUCAUGUUUUUGUUCUUCACGCUCUUCUUGUACCCCUACGGUGCAGCGUCGCUAGCCAACGGAGAUGUCACCGCUGUGCAAAUGCACGCACUCCUGUCCUUGAGGGGCAUGGUGUCCGAUCCAUUUGGCUCACUCCUUUCUUGGAACAGCUCCAACCACCCGUGCAAGUGGCGUGGCGUUGGAUGCAGCCGCAAGCACGCUGGAAGGAUCGUUGAGCUUAACCUCAACUCCUUGGGCUUGAUUGGGGGCAUCUCGCCCUUACUGGCCAACCUCUCGUAUCUCCGUGUGCUUGACCUUGGGGAGAACCAACUGAGAGGGCACAUACCCUCGGAUCUCGGUCAUCUUCGCCGGCUUCGGGUAUUGAACCUUACCAUGAACUCGUUGCAAGGCAGCAUUCCUACUUCUUUGAGAGGUUGCACCCAACUCACGAAGCUUAUCCUGGCCCGCAACCAGCUGCACGGUGAGAUCCCAGGUGAGCUCGGUGCCUUGAGAAAUCUUGCCAUCUUGAAACUUCAAACCAAUGCUUUGUCCGGGAAGAUCCCAUCAUCAUUGGGAAACAUGUCAUCCCUUCUCAUAUUGAGUCUAUCAAACAACUCCUUGUCGGGCAUGAUUCCUGCUUCUCUUGGCAAUCUACCAAACCUCACACAGAUUUUUCUUUCGCAAGAUCGGCUCUCCGGUGCUAUACCUUCGUCUCUUGGUCGGUUAUCUAAUCUUGUAUCUCUUGACUUGGAAGUCAACAGCCUCACCGGGACUAUACCUUCUCCUAUUUGGAACAUAUCAUCUCUUGUUGGCUUUUCUGUACGUGACAAUAAGCUUACGGGGACAAUACCUCCGAAUGCAUUCAAUGACCUUCCUCUUCUCGAGCUUCUCUUUAUGGGGAACAAUAAAUUUCAUGGAGAGCUCCCCUCUUCACUUACCAAUGCUACAAGUCUCUGUUCAAUUUGA